UCGCGCGGUCAGUCGUGCGGAGAGGGCGAGCGAGAGAGAGAGACAUUCAUUCUCUCGCCUGCAGAGACAAUUCCGUGGAGUUUUAUCUUGGCGGGCGGAGCGUGUCAAAUCCAUUGGACAGCCGCUGUUGAUUUUGCCACACAGAGUGGUACACUAUUUUAGCGAUCGCGGUGGGGAUGAUGGGCCGAGUCAACUCUCCCUCCAAGACUGAGUUGCCAUCAGCAGGACCCACGUCAAAAGGCUCGAUUCUCAUAAAGACUCUCCCGGGCAAAUGACAACGAGUCGGCAAAGCCAGCGCCACUCCGGACCGAGCCCAGCGCCCCCGGGGGCACCCGGCGCCCGCGCGAUCCUCCCGGCAGGCCAGUGAAUGAUGGCGAUGCCGCCGAUGCGGCCGGCGCCCCCUCCCCGCCGUCGAGCCGCACCACCGAGGUCCCGUCCUCCUCUGCGCGGCUCCGCGCUGCGACUGCCGCCGCUCGUGCUGGUGGCGGCGGCGGUGGCGGCCUCGUUGCUGUGCGGCGAGGGCCUCGCGGCCUCGGCCACCGGCAGCAACCGGGGCGGCCGCGAGCGGCUCCUGCCGGACCCGGCCUCCUUGUCCGGCGGCCGUCCCCCGCGCGACCAAAAGCGGCCGAACAUCAUCCUCAUCCUCACCGACGACCAGGACGUCGAGCUGGGCUCGAUGCUGGUGAUGAACAAGACGCGGCAGCUGAUGGAGCGUGGCGGCGCCCACUUCACCAACGCGUUCGUCACGACGCCCAUGUGCUGCCCGUCGCGCUCCUCCAUGCUCACGGGGAAAUACUCGCACAACCACGACGUGUACACCAACAACGAGAACUGCUCCUCGCCCUCCUGGCAGGCGGCGCACGAGCCCCGCACAUUCGCCGUGCACCUGAGCCGCGCCGGCUAUCGCACAGGCUUCUUUGGCAAGUACCUGAACGAGUACAACGGGAGCUACGUGCCGCCCGGCUGGCGCGAGUGGCUCGGCCUCGUCAAGAACUCGCGCUUCUACAACUACACGCUGAACCACAACGGUGUUCGCGAGAAGCACGGAGCCCACUACCCCUCGGACUACUUGACGGACCUCAUCACGAACGAGAGCGUGAGCUUCUUCCGAGCGUCGCGGCGGACGUACCCGGGCCGCCCCGUGCUCAUGGUGCUGAGCCACGCGGCCCCGCACGGCCCCGAGGACUCGGCCCCGCAGUACUCGGAACUCUUCCCCAACGCGUCCACGCACAUCACGCCGAGCUACAACCUGGCGCCCAACCCCGACAAGCACUGGAUCCUGCGCUACACGGGGCCCAUGAUGCCCAUCCACAUGGAGUUCACCAACCUCCUGCAGCGGCGGCGCCUGCAGACGCUCAUGUCCGUGGACGACUCCGUGCAGCGCAUUCUGGACACGCUGGAGGAGAGCGGCGAGCUGGAGAACACGUUUGUCAUCUACACGUCCGACCACGGCUACCACCUGGGCCAGUUCGGCCUCGUCAAGGGCAAGUCCAUGCCCUACGAGUUCGACAUCCGCGUGCCCUUCUACGUGCGGGGGCCCGGCGUCGCUCCGGGGUCCACCGUCCCCCAGAUUGCGCUCAACAUCGACCUGGCGCCGACGAUGCUGGACAUGGCCGGCCUGGACAUCCCCGGCGACAUGGACGGACGCUCGCUGCUCAAGCUGCUGCGGCGCAGCGACCGCCCGAGCAACAGGUUCCGUUCUGUUGGUGUGAAAAAGCCGAUCGUUUGGAGAGACUCAUUCCUCGUUGAAAGAGGCAAGAUGCUGCGUAAGAAGGAGGAGGGCACCUCGCCAGCGACCAACCAGCUGCCCAAGGUGGAGCGUCUCAAGGAGGUGUGCUCGCGCUCCGAGUAUCAGACCGCCUGCCAGCAGCCAGGGCAGGAGUGGCACUGCGCGGAGGACGCCGUGGGCCGCCUGCGCCUCCACAAGUGCCGCGGCUCGUUCCCGGGCCACGAGCUGCCCGGCGCUCGCCCCCCUCUCCCGCACGGAGCGCUGUCCUCCCGGCGUUCCCGCAAGCUUCCCCGGCACGCCGGCACGCUGCCGCAGCCAUGGUGCGUGUGCCCCGACGACGGCGGCGGCGGCGAUGACGACGAUGACGACGGCGGCGACGGCACGAGGGGCGCCGGCGGGGAGCCGGACGACGUCUUCGGUCGCGGAAACGCGGCGAGGUUCGGCAAAGCGCUCGGACGGAAGCACAAGAAGCGACAGCCUCCUGCUGCUGUCCAGGGCGCGGGGAACUCUCUCCGGCUGAAGUCGCGGUUGAGUCGCGGCCGAGCCCUCCGCUCCGUCUCGCUGGACAUGGUGGCCCAAGCUGACGAGCCGACCCCGGCGUUUCCCACCGGGGUCAACGCCACGGAUGCCCCCACGGCCGCCCCCCGCACGGCCGCCCCCCUCGCGACCGCGGGCCUCCCCGCGGAGCUCAGCAGUCCCACGGCCACCGCCUCCAACCGUCCGGCCGCGAGCAGCUCGACGAUGGAACGUCCCGUCCUGGAUGAUCGGCACAACGACCCCGAGGCGAUGGUGAGCGAGGGCGAUGGCGAACGCGAGCAAGAUGACGGUGGAGAUCGCGACGAUGGCGCUGGCGACGAUGAUGUUGUUGGUGACGAAGAUGAAGAAGAUCAAGGCAACGAUGACAUCUUCGACCUGAUCUUCGAGGAGGAUGCUAAGCGAGCCCUGAGUGGAAACGAGAUGGAGGAGGUCACCGAGGCCCUGUCACAAGGCCCCAACGAAGGCGACCAACGACCACCUAUCGCCACGGCAACACCCACUGCCCUGGCCCUGAGGCCCAACCUCACAAGGGUCACGCACAGGUGCUUCUUUCUACUCAACCGAACGGUUCACUGCGACGAGGAGGUGUACCAGUCUGUCCGCGCUUGGAAGGACCACCGUCACUUUGUGGACCGGCAGAUUGAGUCGUUGCAGGAUAAGAUCAAGUUCCUGCGGGAGGUCAGAGGUCACCUGAAGAAGAAACGCCCGGAUGUGUGCGACUGUGGGAAGAAGAGCAGCAAGGGAGUGUGGAGCGCGGAGCAGCGCAAGAAGGCGCUGCGCGAGGAGCGUCGCCGUCGCAAGGAGGAGAAGCGCCUGCGCAAGAAGAAGCACCGCAAGGGCGAGGCGUGCAGCUUCCCCGGCCUCACCUGCUUCACGCACGACAACGACCACUGGCAGACGCCGCCGUACUGGACGCAAGGCACGUUCUGCGCGUGCACGAGCUCCAACAACAACACGUACUGGUGCGUGCGCACGCUCAACAGCAGCCACAACUCGCUCUUCUGCGAGUUCGCCACCGGCUUCAUCGAGUACUUCGACCUCAACACCGACCCCUACCAGAUGCAGAACGCGGUGCACACUUUGGAGCGCGGCGCCCUCGGCGCCCUCCACGCUCAGCUCGCUGGGCUCCGCGCCUGCCGGGGACUCGGGCAGUGCGAGCCGCCCGCCAGCAACACGCACACAGGGAAAAAAUCUGGGACGGAUGGGAAGGGUAAGACUCCGGCAGGCCUGGACGAGGACGUGUGGCCGUGGAGUCACGGGGACCCGUCCUUCGGACACAACUCCAUCCUGGGCCAUCAUCAUCAUCCUCAUCACCACCAUCAUCACCUUCCCCAUAACCAUCAUAAUCAUCCUCCACCUCCUCCGCGCCGCUACCACGGCGACCCCCCGCACUCACUCGACUCGACGGCCGUGGCCAGCAACAGCGGCUGGGCUAAUUUUUGGCUCGACGUGGACACUGUGGUGGAACUGCUUCGGGAUUUGCACGGUAGCCAGGGCACGGAGAUGAAACCGCGCGCGGCCGCCGGCAACGCGGCCACCGAUUUCGCCUCCGCUCCGUCCUCCGCCACGGCCAAGCGGAGAGCGCCGUUGGUCCCGGACGCCGAGGACGGAUCUGGCGCGUCUCUGACGCUCGAGGUGGCUGAGAAGGAGGAGGAGACGGUGGAUGAUGAGGACGAGGAGAGGGAGGCGGCCGUGGAUUCCAGCGGACUUGGUCCUUUGGACUUGGGGUGGCUCCAGGACGGGGCAGGACGCAGUCGCGGGGAGUGCCGGCGUUAGCCGCGGCAGAAUCGGCAAGAGCAGGAGAAAGGACGGCCGAGGCAGGGAUGGCAAAGUCGGAACCCGCCACAGCAGCAGCAGCAGCAUGAGUAGAAAGCACCGGCUGGGCACCGACAUCAGGAAUCAGGAUGGCAGCUACAACGGGAGCAGCAGCAGGAUCCAGAGCAGCAGUAGUAGCAGCCACUCAGCUGCGAACGACACAUACAGCAGCGUUCGUGGAGGGCUUUCCGAUGCCGAUGGCGGUUCAGGCGAAGAGGGCCAUCAGGUGUACGCGUCGGGAUCCAGUCGAGUCGUGAGCAAGAUCAGCUUCAUCCCAGAGUCCACGGCUGAGCCAGACUUCAGCGGAGAAGGAUUCAUCCCCAUUCAUGAUCAUCAGUGACACCGCGGCGUUCCUGCGUGUGAGUGUGUGCGGUGACAGGCCAUGUGGGACCUUUGUUUGUGUGUGUGCUGUGAUUGGCGCACUGUGCCACAAUCCUAGCCAACCGGAGUUAGAUUCCUCGCCGAGCACAGCACCAAUACCAGUUGAUAUCUGAACCUGGCCUGAGCCUCCCCUAGGUCAACUCAGCCUAGAAUAAGUACCCGGUGCGGUGUUGUGGUUUGAACCAUGAAGCGCCGGUCAGACGGGAGGUGGCAACACGCCCAUGGUGCUGAACCCAAUCUGCCACCUCAUAAGCAUGUGCUGUGCUGGCCUUAACAGGUGCUCGCUUAUAUCAUAAUUUUGUCAACAUUGUAUUAGCAAGUGUGCUCUAGGUUUGUAUACAAAUCGUCAUUUCUUUAUGACAGGGUUGGGCUACAGCACGGCAUGGCUCACUAGCAAAUUUGGCCAAAUCUGGGCUUAAUGGGAAUGUGAGAGAGAGAGAGUGAGUGGUCUUCUCUCUCCAGAGAGAGACAGCCAGGCACGUACAAAAUGAACGGCGCUCAUUUCGCGGUUGCCAUGCCCUGGACGCUGAAGGUUAUUUAUCUGUGCGUGGAAGUGCUUUUGUUAUUCGUUGGCUGCGACUUCGUGUGGGACAAACGCGACUGACUUGACCACGUGAAAUUGUUGCAAUGCUCCGCUAAGACGUCGCAUAAAAAGUAAAUUAACAAUAAUAUUACACAGCAAAUACGGGUGUUUAAAAUACACCGGUCUUUUGGUACCUAUUCAUAAAUGUCUACGUAUGAUCACGCGUGUACGGGUGUAUAUAUAUAUGCCUUCAAUUGUACCUUAUUUGACAUCUUGUGGGUUAUUAUAUGUAUAAAAACACAGUGCAAAUAGGCGUACAUUGAUACAUUUUAUAGUGCACUUUAACAUCCAAAACGUUUCAGAGCGUAAGUUCGGAGCAUUACGAUUGCAGUUCAAACGUCUGACAUUACCCAAUGUCUUGAUUCCCUUGUUUGCUAUGCCAGGUCUGACAUUCGACGUGAGAUAAAUUCUCUUUCAUUAUCUACACAGGUCAUAAAGUCUGCAUUUUGGCACUACGGCACAUUCCACACGGUGCCUUUUCUUACUCCUCAACACACGAGGGGGCAAGAAAUUUAGGCAGAAUAUCACACGUUUGGGUCUCUCCAUAUUCUCCUAUAUCUGUCACGAGCAACACGCACGCACUAUAAAACAAUGUCGUCAUCAGUCAAUGUAUUGGGCCAGAGUUUUGACCAAAAUGCUUUCUACGCUUUUCAUGUCUCGUAAAUCUACCGUGUAGUCUAUUGAAAUCGUAUACUGUACUCUAUUUGCUUUGCCAUUGACUUUCAACUGCUCCGACCGCUGAUGAGAGAGAGAUAUACUUGACAUUGUUAUUUAUUAAAGGUCAGACUGGGCCCCGCCGUCGAUAUGUGGAAUUAACAUCCACUGGCUCAAGACAAACAAAUGGUUAUUACCACCGCCCAGCGCUCGAAUAAAGCAUGGGGUAAAACAUUUUGUUACGUAUAUAGUGCAUAAUACUUAUGAUAACAUUCGUGUGAAUUUAGUUGUGAAGUCUGCUUUGGAAGUAAAUGUAGGUGGAUUGUAAAAGUGGCUGUACUGUAAAAUAAAAUCCACAUUUUAAAGGCGUUGGAUAUUUAAUAUUUUAGGCCACGCGUACGCACCGCGUGGCCUAAGGUUCUUGAGAAAAUGUUAACCCCCUUGUCUGUUCCUGUGUCGUCGUUUCAGUAUUAAUUACACGAGUGAUAAUGCGGGCAGGUAAACACUCCCCUUUGCUAAAGAACAAAUGACGAAAAAAAACACACACACGCACUGCUCUGCAGCGGUCUCAAAGGCCCCAAAGUAUUUUUUUUCUCAUUACCCGCAGAAAUUCGACAAGAGCUAUGUUGUUUUGUUACUUGAAUUAAAGUGCAUACCGUGGUUUACUUUGUCCCUUUUCAUUUUAUG